GCUGCCGCGCUCCGCCGCCGGCGCCUCUGGCCCGCCCGCUGCCAGCUGUCGCCGACAUGGAACCCGUGGCCAGCAACAUCCAGGUCCUGCUGCAGGCGGCCGAGUACCUGGAGCGCCGCGAGAGAGAGGCUGAGCAUGGCUACGCGUCUCUGUGCCCGCACCGCAGUCCAGGCCCUGUCCAUCGGAGGAAGAAGCGAACCCACCAAGCCCCUGGCGGGCUGGACAUUGGGCGGUCUGUGCACAACGAGCUGGAGAAGCGCAGGAGGGCCCAGUUGAAGAGGUGCUUGGAGCAGCUUAAGCAGCAGAUGCCCCUGGGGACGGACUGUGCCCGAUAUACGACCCUGAGCCUUCUGCGCCGAGCCAGGGUACACAUCCAGAAGCUGGAGGAACAAGAGCGGCGGGCUCAGCGGCUGAAGGAGAAGCUUCGUAGUAGACAACAGAGCCUACAGCAACAACUGUUGCAGCUUCAGGCACCAGCUGGUUCCAGGGAUCGGGAGCGGCUCCGGGCAGAUAGCCUAGACUCCUCUGGUCUCUCCUCUGAGCGCUGGGACUCUGACUCAGAGGAACUGGAAGUGGAUGUGGAGAGCCUGGUGUUUGGGGGCAAGGCAGAACUCCUGCAGGGCUUCAGUGCUGGCCAGGAACACAGCUACUCACACAGCGAUGGUGCCUGGCUAUGA